AUGCUAGGUAGAACAAUAUUUAGUAAGGCAUUACAACUUAAUAAAUCCUCCGUCAGUCUGGCGAAAGGAUCAAGAAACUGCAAUGUAUUUACUAACCCCUUAUUUUUGAACCGUUCACAUAAAUUUCAAAGUUUCAAGAGAUAUUCUACAAGCAAAAAUACCAACAAGAAAUCCAUAAUUGAUGAUAAUACAGUAGUGGAUCGUUUCCUUUUCUUGAAGAUAAUGUUUGUAGGGGUUGUUGGAACAGGAAUCUUUAUGGCAACAGUUAAAACAUUAAACAAGAAACCAAAAACAUCUUACUCAGAACAGGAAUAUGCAAAUGUUGUUGGUGGUUUAAGACGUAAAAUAGCAGUAUUCCCCAAUAAUGAAGUGAAUGUUCAUUUUAUUGUUGCAUCUGAUGGUAAUACCGCAAAGAUUGAUAAGAGUUUUAUUAAAGUGAUUCCCUUAGAAGUUGCCGAAUCCAUUAGGAAGGAUGAAAAUAACAAAUAUCAAGCUUUACUACAGGAAUAUUAUGAGAAAUACAAUGAUGAUACUUCAAAAUAUUUUGAAAAUUUACCCGUAGGUAUGAUGGCUAGUUUAUUGGGACAAUACUUAAAAAAUAAUAGUAAACCAGGCGAUAACAUAGCUCUUAUUGGUUACCCAUUGACUAUUAAAGAAGCAAACAUAUUUGAAAAUGAUGUUGUUGAAAUAUCUAAAUUGGUUGUUUCACAAAAAUAUCUAGAAGAUCUGGAUGCCAAUGACUUAACAGCACAAAGAAUAUUUGAUUUGGUAUCGUAUUAUGACACUGUGGGGAAAGUUGAUAUGGUUUAA